CGGUGAACCGCCUACCCCGGCUCCUGUAAGUGAUGCUGCACUGAGGCACACUUUGAUCCAACUCCACUGGGGGGGCAGUGCGCUCUCUGCAUCCCUCCUUUUAAUAUUAAGAGUUUUUGCGGAGCGUGCACAGCCUUGAAUCAGUCUGAACAAGUGGUUAUAAAAUAAAUUACGUUUAGGCGUUCAGUUUGUACAUCACAAGUCUGUUUUUUCGCCUUUGGAUUGAAGUUUUACGCGUGGGUCAAGAGGCGUUUAACGCACACGUGUCAGUUUGGUGCCAGCGAUUUCCAGCUGGAAAAUAAAGUAAGAAUUUCAAGGCAAAUGUAGUCUAGGGUUACGAAGUCGAUGUAAAGCAAGCUUGGAUCAAUGCGCAUCUUCGCCCGUGGGAUUGCGAACCCAAGAAAUCCGAAGAGGAAUUACAGCGUUAUUUCCAAAGUUGAUCGCUGUGCAUGAUUUCUCUCUCUCUUACACAUGAGGACCACUGUAUCUUAGCGCAUGGAUAAGUUUUUGUAGUGGAUAACAUUUUUUUUCUCCUUGCGUUUUGCUGCUGCUUCUGAUGAGGAUCGUUUCUCCCUACUUCAGUUUAAUUCAUGGCACUUCUUUUUUGUAAAUCAGUGAUGCCUCUACGCGGCGGCACUCGUGGUUGAUUUGUCAUCCUCUUCGAUCGGAAAAGAAUUGCUGCUGUAGAAGUGAAGCUCCUAUCCACUCUUGAGCAUGGACUUAGCACGUCAGACUCAUGCACUGGUGGUCUUGCUCGCCAGUGUGUUAUUACUAUGUCGGGCCCAGGAGAGGGACUACACAGUGAAGGAGGAGCAGCCAGAGAAUAUCCGCAUUGGCAACCUGCGCAAGGACCUGGACCUUAACCUCGACCCCAACAUCAGGCUAUCCUCGCCGCUGCAGUUCAAGCCCGUGUACAAGACAGGUGACGUGCCUUUGGUGAGGGUGGAGGCCAACACGGGGGAGAUCUUUACCACCAACCACAGAAUCGACCGGGAGAAGCUGUGCUCAGGGGUCUUUGCUGAGAAACGCUGCUACUAUGAGAUCGAAGUGGCUGUGCUGCCUGAUGAGAUCUUCCGACUGGUCAAGAUCCGCUUCCUGAUUGAGGAUGUGAAUGACAAUGCGCCCCUUUUCCAAUCCACUGUAAUAAACAUCUCCAUCCCAGAGAACACAGCCAUCAACACCCGAUACCCGGUACCCUCUGCAUUUGACCCUGAUGUAGGGAUCAAUGGGAUCCAACAUUAUGAACUGGUCAAGAGUGUCAGCGAGUUUGGCUUAGACAUCAUUGAGACUCCUGAAGGUGACAAGUGGCCACAGCUUAUUGUUCAGCAGAACCUGGAUCGUGAGCAGAAGGACACUUUUGUCAUGAAGAUAAAGGUGGAGGAUGGUGGUAACCCCGCCAAGUCCAGCACUGCCAUUCUCCAGGUCACUAUUUCUGAUGUCAACGACAAUCGUCCUAUCUUCAAAGACAGUGAGCUGGAGGUCUCAGUACCAGAAAACGCCCCCAUGGGGACAUCAGUUGCUCAGCUUCAUGCCAUGGAUGCAGACCUGGGUUCCAAUGCACAGAUCCAUUUCACCUUCAGCAACCAGAUUUCUGCCUCAACCAAACGUCACUUUGCCAUCGACAGCUCUACAGGACUGGUCACUGUGAAGCAGCCACUGGACAGGGAGGUAACUCCUGUUCAUAAACUCAUCGUCCUGGCCAGUGAUGGCAGCUCCACCCCAUCCAGAGCCACAGUGAUUGUUAAUGUAACAGACGUCAAUGACAAUGUUCCCUCCAUAGACACUCGCUACAUUAUCAACCUAGUAAAUGGGACUGUUCUGCUGUCUGAGAAUGCACCUCUCAACACCAAAAUAGCAUUAAUUACUGUUACCGACAAGGAUGCUGAUCUUUAUGGCAAAGUAGCUUGCUACACCGACCAUGAUGUUCCUUUCCGGUUGAAGCCUGUCUUUAAUGAUCAAUUCUUACUAGAGACAGCUGCCCCCUUAGAUUAUGAGUCGACUCGAGAAUAUGCAAUUAAGAUAGUGGCCUCGGAUAGGGGGAUGCCUCCUUUGAACACUUCAGCUAUGGUUUUAAUUAAAAUCAAGGAUGAGAAUGACAAUGCGCCCAUCUUCCCCCAGCCGGAAAUCCAACUUUCCAUACCAGAGAACAAUGACCCCUCUACACAGUUAAUAAAAAUCAGUGCCACUGACGCAGACAGCGGACAUAAUGCUGAAAUUAUUUAUACUCUUGGCCCUGAUGCGCCUGAUGGGUUUAACAUAGACAGACGGUCAGGAAUCCUGUCUGUGGGCAAACGAUUGGACAGGGAGAAACAGGAGAGGUACUCAUUCACUGUCAUAGCAAGGGACAAUGGCUCCACAUCCCUGCAGAGCAAUGUCACUGUCAGGCUAAUUGUCCAGGACCUUAAUGACAACAGCCCAGCUUUCACACACCCUGAGUACAACUUCUAUGUGCCUGAGAACCUGCCUCUCUAUGGAACUGUGGGCUUAAUCACAGUGACAGACGCAGAUGCUGGAGAUAAUGCUGUUAUAACCCUGUCCAUUUUGAGUGGGAAAGAUAAUUUCAUCAUCGACUCGCAAACGGGUGUGAUUAAACCCAAUAUAACCUUUGACAGAGAGCAGCAAAGCUCCUACACAUUUAUGGUCAAGGCAGUUGAUGGAGGGCAACCUCCAAGCUCAUCCUACGCCAAGGUCACUAUCAAUGUAGUUGAUGUAAAUGACAAUCGUCCUGUGUUCGUCAUCCCAUCCUCCAAUUACUCAUAUGACCUAGUGCGAACCACCACCACCCCUGGCGCAGUGGUCACCAGAGUGUUUGCCAUUGACAAUGACACAGGUAUGAACGCUGAGCUGCAGUACAGUAUUAUCAGCAGCAUCAUCAUCACGUCUAGGGUCUCCCCUCGAGGUCUUUUUGCCAUCGACAAAACAACGGGUAACAUAACACUGCAGGAGAAAAUAGUGGCAGCUGAUCAGGGGCUGCACAGGUUGGUAGUCAAGGUCAAAGAUCUAGGCCAGCCUGAGUCGUUACAUGCUAUCGCACUUAUUCACUUGUUUGUCAAUGACACCAUGUCAAAUGCUACCUUUAUCCAAGAGCAGCUGCGAAAAAGUAUGGAGACGCCCUUGGACCGUAACAUAGGGGACAGCGAGUUAACACCUCAAGCCAACGGAUAUGUGAUUGUUGUCAUAGCUAUCAUAGCAGGCACCAUGACUGUCAUCUUAGUGAUAUUUGUGACUGCCUUGGUGCGCUGCCGACAGACACCCAGACACAAAGUGGUACAAAAGGGCAAGCAGAGUGGUGAGUGGGUGUCACCCAACCAAGAGAAUCGUCAGAUCAAGAAGAAGAAGAAGAGAAAGAAGCGAUCCCCCAAGAGCCUGCUCCUGAACUUUGUGACCAUAGAUGAAUCCAAGCCCGACGACCCCACACACGAGCAUGUUAAUGGUACACUGGACCUCCCUGUGGAGUUAGAGGAGCAAACCAUGGGGAAGUACAACUGGGCCACCACGCCCACCACCUUCAAACCCGACAGCCCAGAUUUAGCCAAGCAUUACAAGUCCGCGUCCCCUCAGCCCACAUUUCAAAUAAAACCGGAGACCCCAGUGGCCCCAAAGAAACACCAUGUGAUCCAGGAGCUCCCACUGGACAACACUUUUGUGGUGGGUUGCGACUCACUCUCCAAGUGCUCAUCGACUAGCUCCGACCCAUACAGCGUCUCAGAGUGCAGCUGUCAGGGGGGAUUCAAGACUGCGGGGCAAAUCACCACUCGACAGGAGACGGCACUGAAACCACCACACUAUGGCACACUCUGUGGCACAGGUACAGCUCGCUCCCACAGGAUUAAAAUCAAUCUCUAGCUCCCACUACCUUAGGAGAGAAAAGGGAGAGAGUCAGAGAGAGGGCAGAGAGAGGAAAGAAGGAAAGCGAGAACUCAAGUGGGGAAACAAGUACUUUACCAUCACUACAGCCUCAAACCCCACCUCUUCAUAUAAUGGAGAGAAAAGAUGAACUUGGGGAGGGAGGGAGAAAAGAGAGACACUUUGUGUUGCCUGCCUGAAACUUGACAAAGCUCCUCCUGUGAAUCUGUUGGAAGUUUGAUGCUUUAUUGAGUCUUAUGCUAUUACUUACCUGUGU